AUGUCUCAAGGCGUCGUCACUGUUCCUACUGCCUCCCUCCACGGAAAGGUCGCUCUCAUCACUGGCGCUGGCCGUGGUAUCGGCCGUGGAUGUGCCAUUGAGCUCGGAAGACGCGGUGCAAGCGUCGUUGUCAACUACCAGAGCAGCAAGUCCUCCGCCGAUGAGGUCGUGAGAGAAAUCGAGGCCACCGGUAGCGGUGCCAAGGCUAUCGCCAUCCAGGCCGAUGUCAGUAAGGUCGCCGAGAUUGAGCGUCUGUUCCAGGAGACCAAGAAGCACUUUGGCAAGAUCGACAUUGUCAUGUCCAACAGCGGUACCGAAUCGUGGGACAAGACUGAGGAGAUCACCGAGGAGAAGUACGACCACGUCUUCAACUUGAACGCUCGUGCCCAGUUCUUUGUUGGCCAGGCUGCAUGGAAGCACCUUGAGGACAAUGGUCGCUUGAUCCUCAUGUCCUCUAUUGCUGCUGGUCUUCUUGGUGUCCGUGACCACGCCCUUUACAACGCUUCCAAGAUGGCUGUUAUUGGUAUGAUCAAGGCCUUCGCUACCGACUUCGGUAAGCGUGGUAUCACCGUCAACGGUGUCGCCCCCGGUGGUAUCAAGUCUGAUAUGUUCACCUCCAACGCUUGGGUAAGUUUUGAUAUCCGGUAUAUGCAAAUUUUGCACUCUUGCAUAUACCAACAAUACUCUUUCGAUCACAUAACGCUGACUACCUCAUCGCACUAUAUCCCGGGUGGCACUCCCGAGUGGCCUGCUGAGAAGAUCGAGAAGCUCAUGGCCGAUCACUGCCCUCUCGGUCGUUGCGCCGUCCCCGAGGACGUCGCCCGUGUGGUGGCCUUCCUUGCCAGCGGCGACGGCAGCUGGGUCAACGGCCAGGUCCUCACCAUCUCUGGUGGCUCUUCCCAAUAA